UGCGCUAUGUGCUUUUGUUACACUGAUUUAAAGAAAACAAAUCUUGUUUGUUUGUAUUUCUGCAGAAGUAGCAACAGAGAUGGCUGCUUAUUCUGCUGUAACUUCUCUGAUGGGAACAAUACACCUGAUUUCACAAUCCAACUUGGAUUUACUGGAGGGUAACAAAGAACAUUUGGAAUUACUCUACGACAAGGUUGGUUCUCUACAAGAACUAAUUCUUGAUAGUUGUGAUGAUGAACCAAUGAAGGAUUUGUCAAAAAAGAUCAAAUAUCUAGCACAUGAAAUAGAAGAUGAAGUUAAAUCACACAUUCAAAGAGAGUCCGUUAAGACGCUUCCUAAGAUGUUGCAACGAGCUACAGAAAUCUUCCGCCUUCCAACAUCUCAGGAGAGUCUUUUUAAGACCUUUCAACGAGCUACAAAGAUUUUCCACAUUCCAACAGCUCAUGAUAUACUUCACAAGAUCUUGCAACGAGCUACAGAAGACAUUGAUUCUGUGAAGGAAGAUGUCCUCAAGCUGAAGGAGAAUAAUAGUAUGCGACCUGUAGAUUGUUCAAUUGGUGGUACAAUUUCACCGCAACUGCAUGUUUCAACCAUUGAGAAUGAUAUGGUGGGGUACAACAUUGAACAAGAGUUCAUGCGGAAUCAACUUAGGGGAUACUCAUCUCAAUUAGAAGUGAUCUCUAUUGCUGGGAUGGGCGGCAUAGGUAAGUCAACUUUUGCCAACAAGAUGUUUUAUGAUCCCCCAAUUCUGAGCUUCUUUGAUGUUCGUGGAUGGAUUACUGUGUCUAAGGACUACAGUUUAAGAAAGAUGCUUCUAUGCCUCCUUCAAGAUGCUAUUGGGGUGAAAGAAGAACUUGAUAACAUAAGCGAUGGAGAUCUAGCAGAUUGCUUGCAAAAAAAAUUUAAAGGGUAGGAGGUAUUUGAUUGUUGUGGAUAACAUUUGGAGCACGGAAGCCUGGGAUGAGAUUAGACUAUGUUUUCCAGAAAACAAUAAUAGAAGUCAGAUAUUGUUGACU